AUACCGGCUUGGUACCGCUCGUAUUUCCGGGGGUGUUGGUGUGUGUUCUUCCUGCAUGCUCAUUGGUCGGGGCCAAUCAAUGGCCACGGUCGUACUCCUACUCCGUCCGUUCAGUCCUGCCCGGAGUCCCGGACAAGCCCAUGGGAAUCAUUUCACGGGGAGGGUGGGUUUUCCCCAGAAAAUAGACCUAGGUUUGGGUCAAUGGAAGGUUUCAAAGAUCUACGGAUGGGACGUCUAGAUGCCAGAUGGACAGAUGGGCGUCGAGUAAGAAUGUGGCUAUUUGAAGAGGGUGACUGAUAAGAGGUUUGGAUGACCUCAAGAAAUGAGCUUGAGAAAUUCGACCGGGUCGAACCCACUGGCAUUCUUGGAAACGCAAGGUGCGUCUCGGGGCAGUGGCGGGCCCCGAAAUCGGCGGGGCAGGGGUACGGGAAAGCUACUAGGCAGUAAGCUACGGGUGAAUGUAACGGAGAGAAGAGAAGGCAGCCUAAAAGACGACUAGUAGAGGGAACGUGGCUCGGAG